UGUUGUAUUGCUAAUAUCAACGAAGUGUGAGUUAAUAAGAACGUGCGUAUAUAGAAACUUUGAAGUAUAAAAACGGACGGAGAAAUUUAAUGAUAUCCAUUCGAGUCAUACAUUUAGACAAACAAACUAACAAUGAAAUUGCUAGCAUCUUUUACUUCAAUCCUGGCUGCAGCAUCAGCUGGCCAAAUUUUUAGCCAACCACAGGCUGAGCACUACGCUAAGGCUGCUGAUAUAUACCAAUCAGCUGUUGAGUACCAGCCGGCUGUUUACAGCGGCCAAUCGCAGGCUUUCGCUGGACAUAAUAUAGCCUAUCAGGAGCGUCCCUCAGCUGAGAAGUCCGCAAAAAUCCUGUCUUAUCAUUCUGAAAACGACGGUCAAAACUACCACUACGCUUAUGAGACUGAAAAUGGGAUUAAAGCUCAAGAAGCUGGUCACGCUGGCAAAAGCACUCAAGCCGAAGGAGCUUUUUCCUACACCGGGGAUGAUGGCCAAACUUACACUGUGACGUAUACCGCUGAUGAGCAUGGAUUCCAUGCACAGGGGGCGCAUCUCCCAACAUCUCCCCCCAUCCCCGAGGCCAUAUUGAAAUCCUUAGAGCAGAAUGCUAAAGAUGAAGCUAGUGGCAUCUACGAUGAUGGUCAUUAUCACGAUCAACAGCAACAUCAGCAGCAACAACAGCAACACCAGCAACAGUUGCAACAACAACACCAGCAACAGCUGCAACAACAACACCAGCAACAGCUGCAACAACAACACCAGCAGCAAUACCAGGCCCAAAGCUACGAAGGCUACCAGCAAGAGGCCUAUGAGGCUGCUGCAGCUGGAGCUGGUUACCAUCAUUGAAACCAAAGCGUGUCAUAACCACUCUCUCUUGUUAUUGUUACUUCGUUAUUGGUUUUUAUAAAUUAUAUUAAAUAUGUUUUUCAGUUCCUAAA